CUCAGGAAUCUCACUCUCUGUUUCUGACUUUGCAGGUGACCCCGUGACCCUCCCACUCCCUGCUUUCCCAGGAUGUGCAUCAUGGCCUUUUCUGCCGCCAUCUUGGAGUGGCCUUUCAACUCCCGCUAGCGAGUAACCCCCUGGAACGCCGUCAAUACCCUCUAACAGUGCCAAGCGAUUGGUUUUUGGAGCCAAUCAGAGCGCAGCCUUCCUGUGACUUGACGUCGAGCUGUUGUUUGGACUCAGUGGGAGGGGGACGUUGGUGGGGUGUGGUAUUGCUGAGUGAUGCCCCUCUGAAGACAUUGGGCUGUGACUCUAUCAGUUCCUUGUGCCCACGCCCUUGGGGCCCGCUGUGAGAUACCAAUGAAAAUACCCACCAGAGUGCGUUUCCUGGCUGUGCUGGGGAGUGCCCAACUGUUGGUCAUUCUGUUGGUGUACCACGAGGGAUCACGCCAGAGGGUCAGUGCCAUCGUCAGUGCCCUCUGGAAGACAGGAUCAGUGGCCACCACCUCCCAGGCCAACAGCUCGCAGCCCGGAGAUAUCUACGCCAAUCUCAGCCUCAUCACCCACCUCCUGGUGGAUGAAGACCAGCUGCCGUACUGUCCAUCGGUCUCACCGUACCUCAGUGGUCCGAUCCGUGUCAGUUUCCCAAAGGAGCUGACCUUGGAAGAGGUGAGGAAGAGGAACCCCAUGGUGCUGGCCGGGGGGUGGUACAAACCCCCAGACUGCGAGUCGAAGCACAGUACGGCCGUGUUGGUCCCUCACAGACAGAGGGAGCAGCAUCUGAAAUACCUUCUGUAUUACCUCCACCCCAUGCUCCAGAAACAGCAGCUGCACUACCGCAUCUACAUCAUUCACCAGUGUUUUAUGAUUCCCUCCCUCUCUCUCCACCCCUCCAGGUUCAAUUUGCUGGCCAAGACAAAGCGUUCCUGGAAGGAAGAUGGGAUGAAUGGCCUCGAUUACGUUCUCCUCUCCAGAGAGUAUUUGCCUCUGUACACCAACAUCACAGUCGACAUCGGCACUGAGAAACGAGGGCCCCAGCGAGCCACGUGACCCAUCCUCACCCACCUCACUUCCCCCGGGCCAUCCCCCUUCCCUACAGCAGCCGCUACCCUCCGAAACCCAACCCUGGCCGGCCGAGGACCCGAACUCUGCAAAGGUUGAUGUUCUGGUUGUGAAUGGGUCAUCUUGUUUCUUGUUGGGUUUUAGGGGCUCGCGAGCUCUUGAUGGGGCACGCACCACCUCCCCCGCGCUGACACCCAUCGCCAAUGGACUCUCCGGACCGAAGGGACUCUCUCUGCUGUGCGCUAUCUGGUUGUACCCCCAGCCUGAGCGCCCCCUCAACGUACUGUGCGAUGUGUGCUUAGCAGCCGUGGGAGGCAUCACCAAUGGUUUCUGUUUGUGUGUGUGUGUGUGUGUGUGUGUG